AUGAACAAAGAGAUGGAGGUGCUGCCGCCCGAGACUUGGUUGGAGGUGUUUUCGCUGCUCGAUGCCCGCGACCUCCAGGCUGUCCAGCUCACCUGCUGGACCUUUCGCCAGCUUGGCGCUGACGACGGGCUGUGGCGCCGGCUGUGCGCGAGCGAAUGCGGCCACCAGCAGCACCUGGCCACCCUGCGCCGCUGCCUGAAGCCCGGCGACGCCGCCAUGUCCUACGCUGCUCUGUACCGACGCCUGCACCAUUCGCCCUAUCUGCGGUGGGACCCCGCUCAGCCGUUGGACGUCAGCAACGAGGGGCUCACCGCCAGACAGCCGACCGAAGGGUGGACGACGACGUCGACCCUGCAGCCGCUCAAGCCCGGCCGGGUCAACUACUUCGAGAUCACCUUCACCAUAGAUGGAGCUGAGACCACGUUGGAGGCGGGCAGAGGCUACGGCAGCGGGGACACCAUCGGCGUUUACGUCGACCUCCGGCAAGGUGCGGGCUUGAUCACGUGGCUCGUCAAUGGCGUUCAAGUGGUGGGUAUGCUCGGCCUGGGCUCCCUGGCGGUCGCAGAGCUGUUGCCGGUGGUGUCGUGGGGCGGAACGCGGUACUGUAUCAACCUGGGCGUAGUACCAGCACUGCCCGCGGUCGACAGCCCCGCAUACGCACUGCAGCUGCCCCGAGAAGAUAAGACUGAGAUGAAUCAGGAGUAG